AUGUGGAUACGAAAUUUCUGCCGAUCCCUAUUUUUCGGUAUACCUAUGGGAGCGACAGUCCUUGAUACCGUCGGGUAUGUGGCCAGAGUCGAGGGCAUCUCCAUGCAGCCAGCACUCAAUCCAGAAUCGACCAACACUGAUUAUGUUUUCUUGUCGCGAUGGGCAGUCAGAGACUAUGAUGUCAAGCGUGGUGACAUAAUAUCUCUCGUCUCACCUAAAGAUCCUAACCAGAAGAUCAUUAAACGUGUAGUUGCACUACAAGGUGACAUUGUGAACACUAUGGGUUACAAGAGCCAGUAUGUGAAGGUUCCGGAAGGUCAUUGUUGGGUAGAAGGUGAUCACACAGGACAUACUCUUGAUAGCAAUACAUUUGGACCUGUUUCCUUAGGAUUAGUUAAUGCUAAAGCAGUGUGUAUUGUUUGGCCACCAAGAAGGUGGCAUUAUCUUGAAAACAAAUUACCAGAGCACAGAAAGCCUAUUAGCAGUUCUUAUUAG